GGGUUAAGGCCUGGGUCCCGCCUCUUUUCCCGCCAGGCUGGCGGGAGUAUGAAUAGCCUCGCUCCCACUCCCGACUCUCAGUCGCUUCAGCUGCGCCCCGCCCCGUCAUUGUCCCCAUCCGUCUUCUUUACCCUUCCGUCCUAAAAGCUUUGAGAGCUGCUGGCUUCUCCCGGUGCUUCGCCUCUCUCCACCUUCGGUGGGUCAGACGGGCAGGAUGGAGGGCUGCCUGGGGGAGGAAUCUUUUCAGAUGUGGGAGCUCAAUCGGCGCCUGGAGGCCUACCUGGCCCGGGUCAAGGCGCUAGAGGAGCAGAAUGAGCUGCUCGGCGCGGAGCUCGGGGGUCUCCGGGCACAGGCCGGGGACGCCUCCUGGAGGGCCCGUGCCGACGACGAGCUGGCGGCCCUGCGGGCCCUCGUCGACCAGCGCUGGCGGGAGAAGCGCGCGGCCGAGGUGGCGCGCGACAACCUGGAAGAAGAGGUGGAGGGCGUGGCGAGCCGGUGCCAGCAGCUGCGGCUGGCCCGGGAGCGGACCGCGGAGGAGAUGGCCCGCAGCCGGCGUGCGGUCGAGGCCGAAAAGUGCGCCCAGGCCUGGCUGAGCACCCAGGCAGCGGAGCUGGAGCGCGAGCUGGAGGCUCUGCGCGCGGCGCACGAGGAGGAGCGCGCGGGCCUGAACGCUCAGGCAGCCUGCGCCCCCCGCUGCCCCGCUCCGCCCCGCGGGCCCCCCGUGCCGGCCCCCGAGGUUGAGGAGCUGGCGCGGCGGCUGGGCGAGGCGUGGCGCGGGGCAGUGCGCGGCUACCAGGAGCGCGUGGCGCACAUGGAGACGUCGCUGGGCCAGGCCCGCGAGCGGCUGGGCCACGCGGUGCAGGGCGCCCGCGAGGGUCGCCUGGAGCUGCAGCAGCUCCAAGCAGAGCGCAGCGGCCUCCAGGAGCGCAGGGCCGCGCUGGAGCAGAGGUUGGAGGCCCGCUGGCAGGAGCGGCUGCGGGCUACUGAGCAGUUCCAGCUGGCCGUGGAGGCCCUGGAGCAGGAGAAACAGGGCCUACAGAGCCAGAUCGCCCAGGUCCUGGAAGGUCGGCAGCAGCUGGCACACCUCAAGAUGUCCCUGAGCCUGGAGGUGGCCACAUACAGAACCCUCCUAGAGGCAGAGAACUCCCGGCUGCAGACACCUGGCAGUGGUUCCAAGGCUUCCCUCAGCUUCCUGGACCCUAAGCUGGAGCUGCAUUUCCCUGGGACCCCAGAGGGCCGGCGUCUGGGACCUUUGCUUUCUGUCCUGAGCCCUACUCCCCUCUCCUCACCUUUGCCUGAUACCCUUGAAACACCUGUGCCAGGCUUUCUGAAGAGCCAGGAACUCCUUCAGGCCCAUACCCCCACCUCGGCCAGCACCCCCAUUCCGCCCACACCUCAGGCUCCCCGCCCUGCCACAGAUGCCAAGAUCAAAGCCCAGGAUGCCCCUCUCUCCCUGCCCGGGAUGCAACAGGUUCCAGAAGCUGUGUGGGCUGAAGCCAAGGUGGCCAUCCCUGCCAGCAUCCUGCCAGGACCAGAGGAGCCUGGGGGCAAGCAACAAGAGCCCAGUCCAGGCCAGUCCUCUGAAGAUCAUGCCUCCCUGGCUCCAGCCCUCAGCCCUGACCAUCCCAGUUUAGAGGCCAAAGAUGGAGAACCCAGUGGGUCUAGAGAGUCCAGCAGAUUCCAGGAGGAAGGGGAAGGACAAAUCUGGGGGCUGGCAGAGAAAGAAACAGCUGUAGAGGUCAAAGUAAUAAGCAGCUUGCAGCAGGAAACAUGGCAAGAAGAGGGGGAUCUGGACAUGAAAGAAAUCCAAGACUCCCCAGGUCCUUUGGAAAAAGAAACUCUGAAGUCUCUGGAAGAGGAGAUUCAAGAGCCACUGAUUUCUCUGGAAAAACAGCGCCAUGAGACAAUGAGAUCCGUAGAGAAGGAGAAUCAAGAAUCUCUGAGGUCUUUGGAAGAAGAGAACUUAGAAACACUAAAAACUCUAGAAAAGGAGAAUCAAGAGUUAUUGCAGUCUUUAGAAGCAAAGGAGAUGGAGGUAAUGAGACCUCUAGAAAAAGAGACUGUAGAACUACUUAAGCCUAUAGGAAAAGAGGACCCACAGACAUUGCAAUCACUAGAAAAGGAGAGUCAAGAAAUAAUGAGAUCUCUUCAAGGAAAUGUAGAAGCAUUUUUAUAUCCAGGAAAGGAAAAUCAAGAAUUAGUGAGGUCUCUAGAAGAGGAGAACUUUGAGUCAUUGAGAGCUCUAGAAAAGGAAGAGCAAGAGCCACUGAGAGGUCAAGAAGUAGAGGACCAGGAAACAUUGAGACCCUUAGCAAAAGAGAAUCAAGAGCCACUGAGAUCUCUAGAAGAAAAAGACCAGGAGACAUCAAGACCUCUACGAACAGAGAAUCAGCCACUGAAGUCUCUAGAAAAAGAAGACCAGAUGACGUUGAGCCCUCUAGAAAAGGUGAAACCAGAGGCACUAAAGUCUCUUGGAAAAGACCAGGAGAUAGUUAGACUUCUCGAAAAAGAGAAUCAAGACUUAUUAAGGUCCCUAAAUGAAGAGAGUGUAGAGGCAGUGAAAUCUUUAGAAACAGAGACUCUAGAACCCCUAAAGCCUACAGGAGAAGAAAAGCUGGAAAUGUUGAAACCUAUAGAAAAGGAAAGUCAAGAACCACUGGGGUCUGUGGAAGGGAACCAAGAGACAUUGAGACCCCUAGAAAAGGAGACUCAGAAAUCACUGAGCUCUCUGGGAGGGCAGAGCGUAGAGAAUAUGAGAUCUCCAGAGGAGGUAGACAAGGGAAGUCAAAAGUAUCUGGAAGAGGAAGAGAACGUGGAGAAGGGAGAGAAUCCAGAGCCACCGAGGUCCCUGGAGGAGGAGGGACAGGAGCUGCCACUCUCUGCACAUCUGCAGAAGUGGGAAGAUAUGGUGCAGGGGGAUCAAGAACUGGAUCAGGAAACGCCCCCUGGGAGACCUGAAGUGGACAGUGAGGACGAGGCAGAGAUGGAACCUAGGGAACGGGGUAGCUUCGCUGGGAAGGGGGAGGCUGUAGACCAGGGGGAGCCGCAGCUGACGGCCACAGGCAAGGCCUGGAGCCCAGGUGAGGGGCAGCCAGGGAGCUCUGAGGCCAAAGAGCAGAGGGUCUCAGCUGAGGGAGCCAGUGGGGUGGGAGGCACUGAGGGCCUCCAGGACCCUGAAGAGCGGCCAGAGCAGGUGGGGACCCCGGGCCUCCCAGCUCCCCAGGGAAUGUCAGAGGUGAUAGAGCCAGUGUUGGAAGGUGAGGAUGUGGCCCCCAGGGAUGGCCGAGCCUCCCCAGAGGUCACCUUGGGCUUAGAGACUGCAGGAGAGGAACAGGGACCGGAGCAGGAGGCGGUAGGGCUGGAGGACCCAGGCGGCCUGGCCAUAGAGGAGGUGAUGGAGCCACCCCUGGGGGAGGAAGGUUUGGAGGCAAAGAGGGUGCAGGGCUUGGAAGGGCCCAGAAAGGAGCUGGAGGAGGCAGCUGCUCUGGAGCCAGAGCUCUCCACACUGCCCAGGAAGAGCAGAGACCCGCUGGAGACUGCCAGGGGCUGGGAGGAGUCUGAGCCUGAAGCCCCUGAGGAAGCAGAGGAGAUGUUCCCUGCUGAGACCUCGUGCUGCGAUGGAAGUGAUACCCCUCAACCCAGGCCCUUGAGCUCAGAGGGAGCAAACGAGGAUGCCAAAGCAGUGCUGGGGCCCCCCAGCCCACGGCCCACUGAGUCCUGCUCACCCAUCCCAAUCCCUGAAGAUGCCUCUGGGCCCCAGCCCCUGGCUGAGGGGAGCCAAGAGGCUAGCUGGGGGCUGGCAGGCAGGGCUGAGGCCCUGGGAAAGGUGGAGGGUGAUCAGGAGGAUUUGGGCUCGGGGGGAAUCCCUGAAGGCCUCCAGGAGGAGGGGGAGGAGAGCAGAGAAGAGAGUGAGGCUGAUGAGCUAGGGGAGACCCUUCCCGACUCCACUCCCCUGGGCCUCUACCUCGGGUCCCCUGCUUCCCCCAAGUGGGACCUGGCUGGAGAGCAGAUGCCCUCCCCUCAAGAGGAGGCUGGAAAGGAAGGCUGGGGUCCUGCAGUCCUGGCCUCUGAGGGCCUUGGGGCCCAUCCUUCAGAGGAGGAGGAGGGGGGAGAUGAGGAGGAGGAACGUGGCCAUGACUCUGAGCUGUCAGAAGAAUUUGAGGACUUGGGGACUGAGGCUUCUCUUCUUCCUGGGGUCCCUGGGGAGGUGGCAGAGCCUCUGGGCCAGGUGCCCCAGCUGCUACUGGAGCCUGCAGCCUGGGAUCGGGAUGGGGAAUCUGAUGGAUUUGCAGACGAGGAAGAGAGUGGGGAGGAGGGAGAGGAAGAAGGUGAAGAAGAGGGGAGGGGUUGGGGGGCAGGGCCCGCUGUGGGCAGCCUCCCGGCCCUGAGUGGCCCUCAGAGAGGGAACCUCCUGGGGUCUGAGACCAUGGAUGUCAGUGUCCCCUGGGAUGAUGGCUUGAGGGGUGCAGCAUCUGAUGCCCCCAUGACCGCCCUGGAGACUGAGUCCCAGGACAGCACGGAGGCCUCAGGAUCAGAGGAAGAGUCUGAUGCUAUUCCCUUGGAGAGGGAGGGCCAAGUCCCUGGCCCUCUGGGGACCCUCAGUGGGCUGGAGGACACGGGCUUGGAGGUAGGGGACACCCUUGGUGUCAAUGGCCAGGGCCCCAGCCUGAAGGAAGAGUUGGAGCAUGUGAAUGGGGGUGUGGUGAACGGGCUGGAGCAGUCUGAGGGAGUAAGGCAGGGGAAACCGGGGCCCCCUGAGGGCGACCAAGGGAGCCCCUUGGAGGAGGCGGAGGAGGGGGAUACCCUGAAGACCCCUUGGGCAGGGGCUCCUCUUCACCUGGGCCAAGGCCAGCUCCUGAAGUUCAAUCAGCGAGAAGGAGAUGGAGACUCCUGGUCCUCAGGGGAGGACUAGAGGAACAGCACCCCCUCCUGCCCUGAGGUCUUGGGCAGGGGGGUAUCCCCAAACCCCUCCCUCCUCGGAGGCAGCACCCUUAACUUAUCUCUUGACCUGUGGUUUCUGUCCGAGAGGGCUGGCUAGCAGAGGUGAAAUGGGUGUGGCAAAGGAACCCGUUCCAAGAAUGCAGGCUCUGGGAAUAGAUACCAGCCCCUUAGACCCUGCUAAGGGGGACAUCCACCCUGCACUGUCCCACGAGGCUGAAGCCAACUGAAUCUCUGUAGGACUAGGCCCCCCCCCUUUUUCCUUGCACUCCCCUUCCUCCCCAUCCCAUCAGCUGGAAAAGGCCAGGGGCCCAGUGGCUCCUCCAAGGGGAGGGGGCCGUGGUGGUCCAUGCUCCAGGGCUUACCAGCUCUGCCCUUCUUCACUGCACCCUCAUGGGAUGUCUGGCUGGUGGCUAAUGGGGGUGAGGGGGUGCUCCUAUGUCCUGACCCCCCCAUAUGCCAGCCAUGUUGUAGCCCCAUCUGGCUUUUCCCUGCCUGAAUAAAGUAAUGCCUCCGCCUA